CUGAGCUGCCCCAGAGGAGCCUGCCUAGAGAAGAAUCAGCUUUGGCUUUUAAGCUGAGCUGAAUUUCCAUAAUCAAGCUUGAACCAUCUUCCCAGCCCCCAACAUCUAGGCUCAAUUCCAAUCCCAGGGCUAGCUCCCACCUUCACUACUGCCUGAGCUAUGGGCAUGGAUACUGAGGAGGAGCAGAAAUCUGGAGCCCCCCAAGAGUCUGAGUGGCCAGAACUAGAGAAGGCCGAAAGGCUGGCCCGAGGGGCAGCCCUGAAAUGGGCCUCGGGCAUCUUCUACCGACCUGAGCAGCUGACCAGGCUGGACCAGUACCGAAGUCGGGAAGCCCAGAGAAUGUGUUCCAUCGAGUCCCGAAUCAAGUCUACGAUACAGUCAUACUUGGAGAAUGUGCAAACAGGCCUUGAACAGCUAAGCCUGGCACUGAAGGAGGUCCAGGAGGCUCGGGAGGCCCUGGCUGAGGCCCAGGGGGAACUCAGGAGCCAGGCUGAGGCUGCCCACACCCUAGAGCCUCUCCGGGAGCUGGCUGAUCAGCACGGACAACUGCAGGCCGUGACACUCUUACUGCCCCAACUCCGGGCAGUACCUGAGGCAGUGGCUAGAACCCAGGCCCUGAUCCAGGGCCAUGGAUUUCUGGAGGCCUAUGGGGUCCUACGGGAGCUGGAGCAGUUACGGGAUGAGGUGUUAGACCUGCUUGGAGGACCUGAGCUGCCCCUCUUUGAGGGUCUGACACAUCUUGGGGAGGAGCUAGGCCUAGCUGUGGGGAAGGCAGUAGGUUCAGCUCGGCAGUUGGCACGAGAUGAUCCAGCCCUGCUAGUAGCUGCAGUGCGGGUGGCUGAACUUGAGGAGCAGAGGGAUAUUCAGCUCCAGGCCUCAUGCCCUGGGCGACCCCGGGCCUGGCGCCAGCGCUGCCUUGGGGCCCUGCGGAGGGCCCUAGAGGAAGCCUACUUUGAGGGGCUGGCCCCUACUCCCUCCGGCCUGGCCGGACACCUGGCCGCCCUUCGAGAAGCUCUGCCUGCUGAACUUGCCCUGGCUGAGUCCCUGGUGGCACCCUGCUGCCCCGUAGAUUACGAUGUGGUGAAACUGUGGGCCCACACCCUGCACCAAGGCCUCUGCCAACACCUGCAGAAACUUAUGGACUGCGAAGACCUGGGCACCCAGGACAUCUUCACCUUGUUGCACUGGGCUCUGCAUAUCUACCCAGGCCCAGAGAUGAUGGGUCAUCCUGACCUCAGUCCUGAGGCUGACAUCUCGGACCUCCAACCUUUGCUCUCCCUGGAGGCUGUGGAGCAGCUAGAGAGCACUUACACGGAAAAGAUCAAGAUAAGCAUAGCAGAAUGGCUGCAGAAGGCCCUAGAUGGAGAGGUGGCUGAAUGGUUCCGAGAGCAGGAGCCUGACAUGGAUCCUGAAGGUUUCUAUCAUUCUUCCUUGCCUGCUGUUGUUUUACAGAUCCUAGAUGAGAAUAUCCGGGUGACAACCAUGAUCAGCUCUUCUUUGCAGGAGAGAAUACAUGGCAUGGCCCUAAGGGAGCUGGGCAUCUUCCUGAGAAGCCUCCUGGAGGCACUGGAACAUUUCUCUCAAGAGCACCUGAAGGAUGUGUCUAAGCCCCGUCACUACGUGCCCUACCUGCUGGUCUGUCUCAAUCACUACACUGCUUUAAGUUCUUCAGUUUCCCUCUUACAGCCUGCCGGGGUGUCCACCCCCACAGGGGUCUCAGCCACCAUCGAAUCAGCCCUUGGAGACCUCAAGAAGAAGAUCUGCAGACUGAUCUUGGAUGCUCUGCUGGAGGAGCUACAGCCCCUCUUCGUUGCCUUGCCCUCUCGACAGUGGCUAUCCAGCCUGGUGAUGCUGGACAAAGUGUGUGAGCAGACAGCCAGCUUCUGCUCACGGUUCUCCAGAGUCCGGAGUCCCAUGGCUCAGGAACUAGAGGAGAACGUGCAGACUGGAGCAGUCCUGGGUGCACUGCAGGAGCUGUUUCGCCUCCAGGACCCAGGACUGCUCAGCCUUGAGGUAUCCAGCUUCUUGCACAAAUUCCCCGACGUGAGCGAAGAGCAUAUCGGGGCACUCCUGGAUGUGCGUGGAGACGUGUCCCGGGAACAGCGCCAGGCAGUUUUGGAGACAAUGCAGGCCAACCCUCCUCCUCCGCCACCGCCCGAAGGCCACCGGCCACUCUUCAGCCUUGUGCCGGUGCCCUCGCCUACGCUGGUCUUCUGCUUCCCCGCGGGGUCUUGCUCCUGAGUGGGAAGCAGGGAUGGAUCCCUUCUAAUAAAAGCCCCGGGUCGCCGCGGCUGAGUCUGUACAAGGGAGGGAGCCAGACAGCUCUUCUAACUCAAUCCUCGUUCAGCUCCAGUCAACUGCAGCAUCCCAUGCCGGGUUGCCAAAGCCAGAGAUACCAGGAUGGGGACGGAGCUAUCUAUCUCCUAAUGAGGGGGCGGGGCUAAAUGCGUCUAAGGGCGGGAUCAUCGGCAAAAGGGUCGGGUUGGGUAGGGAUGGAGUCGACGCAUUCGCCAAUCCUGUUCAGACCGUUUGCACCAACUCGCGAGGCCAGCGCGGUAGAUAUGCGAGCCCGUUCAAUUCGAGGAAGCUCCGCGGUGGGUGGAGCCUGGGGCAUGCUGGCUCCUCUACUCCCUCCUGUAUCCCAGCCCUCGCCCCCAAGAAGUCCCGGAGGAAUCCCACGCUUUUCGCGCAGCCGCGAAGUUGACGCGAGCACGUAGCGUGCGUGCAUGCGUGCCAGCGUCGGGCUCCGGGCGGGAGGCCGGCUCGCGACUGCAGUGCGGACCCGAGGCAACGGAGGUAGACUGAGCCAGGCGGCACUGACAGGUGGGGCGGGGCGGGACUGGUAGGGCGGGUUUCGGGGCAGGCAGGGGCUGACGGAGAGUACGCGUCCCCUGACACCCCUACUCUCCCGUCCACUUCCUUCGGCACGGGGCCCUUACCCACCCCUUUCUAUUUAUUAGCCGGAGCUGUCCCCAUUAUUGGGUACCGACGGGCGCUCUCUUUGUGAGCUCCCCGGCCACCACUCGGCCUGGAGCCCCGCCCACUCAGGAUUCUCGGUUCCUUAUUGGCUCAGGGCUAUUUUCCCUUGUUGCCUCGCCUCUCACCUUCCCCAGCUCCCAUUGGUCAACAUCGCGCCCCCUCGUCAUCGAGCCCAGCUUUUCUUUUACGCUAACCUUCCCACCCCAUUUAACUUACUACCUAGGGGGACCAUAGAAUAAUGGGUCUGCUGGGGUCGGGGGCCAGGGUCACGCUGGGAAAUCGGGCAGAAGCCUGCCCGCAGGAGGCUUCCCGUCUAGUGAACUGGCACAGUUUAGAGGACCUUUAUAUGUUGGUUGUCAUGGAAGAGGACAGUUAAAUGAAGCCUUCAUGGGAGAGGUGGGACUGGAGGCCAGCCCCUUGAUGUAGUGUAAAGAGCCCUGGUGAUGAAUUUGGGGGGAGCGUCUUUGAAUCCUGGGUCUUCUCUUUACUAGCUUUGUGAUUUGGGGCUGCGGUUUCCGUUUUGUAAAAUGAGGAAGUUCUAGUCCUUUCCCACAGGACCUUUCCAGUUCUAAAGCCCCGAGUCUGGGAUACGUACACAGAUAAAUGCAUGUAAAGGCAAGAGCCAUUCCAAAAUGUUAACUAUAUAUGGCUUAUAUAUUAUUAUAUAUACUUAUUUAUUUAUUGACAUGUACAGCUUAGCUUUUCAACUAUAUUGUAUGCAUUCCUUGAAGACCGUGUUUUAAUUAAACUAUUAAUAAUAUACCAUAUCAAAGUGCAUUGAAAAGAGAUAGAUUACCAGUUAUCCAAUAAAAUAAUUGUCAGUAGUGGAAA